CGUGUUCACCAUGUCUCUCAUGUAUGGCAAAGAGAAGGAUGCAGAGUACGAGAUAGAUAACUCGUCUCAUCCUGGCUUCUGCUCAUUCUUUGCCAAACUCCCUCCCAAGUCUCCUGAGACAGGGACAGUUCGUCUCUUCUUUCGCAACGAGUACUACUCUGUGCAUGGGCCCGACGCCCAUUACGUCGCAACACAUCUUUUCCGUACGAACUCCGUCAUCAAGUACCUCGGUGGGCGCGCUGGUCUACCCAGCGUCACGCUCAGCGAGAGUCUUGCCAAGAGUUUCCUCCGGGAUGCGUUGACGAGUAAGCAGCUGAAAGUGGAAAUAUGGGCUCCAGAAGCAGGACAAGGAAAGAAGGCUACCAAGUUCGUUUUGGACAAGGAGGCUUCUCCUGGAAACCUGUCAGCUGUAGAGGAUCUUUUAUUUGUGAACACGGACAUCGUCUCCGCUCCAAUCGUCAUGGCCAUCAAAAUUGCGAGUACGCCAGCGGUACCGGGAAGCACCGCAGUCAAGACCAAAGCCGUCGGCGUCGCGUACGCCGACAGCAGCACGCGGGAGCUGGGUGUGGCAGAUUUCGUCGACAAUGACCUUUUCUCAAACACUGAGACUCUUAUCAUCCAACUGUCCGUCAAAGAGGCCAUCAUCCCCACCGGGACGAACUCUGGCACUACUGAGCGCGACUUCGACUUGAAGAAGCUAAAGGAAGUGCUCGACAGGUGUGGGGUUGUCAUAACCGAACGGAAACCUAGUGACUUCACUGUAAAAAACAUCAACGAUGACCUCGUACGCUUGCUCAACGCGAGCGCGAUGCCUUCGUCAUCUACAGACUCUGCAGCCACCAUUCCGCAGCUGUCACUGCCGACGGCCCCUGCAGCUCUGUCGGCACUUGUUUCCUAUCUUUCCCUACUCUCUGACCCGUCCAACCAUGGCGCUUGGAGCAUUCGGACGCAUGAUUUAUCUCAGUAUAUGCGCCUUGAUGCUAGCGCGCUUCGCGCCUUGAACUUGACUGAGGCGCCAGGGAACAUCGGAUCCAACAAAAAUACGACAUUGUUCGGCCUUCUGAACAAGUGCAAGACUGCCCAAGGGUCAAGGUUGCUCGGGAGCUGGCUGAAGCAGCCGCUGGUGAACCGGCACGACAUCCUCAGGCGACAGAGCUUGGUGGAGGCGUUCUUCGAGGAUGCAAACACUCGUCGAAUACUGCAAGAUGACUACCUGAAGCUCAUGCCGGACAUGCACCGUAUCUGCAAGCGAUUCCAGAAGUCGAUCGCUUCGCUGGAAGACGUCGUUCGCGUCUACCAGGCCGUACUCAAGCUCGAAGGGUUCAUCAGCACCAUCGAGAGCAUGGAGACAAGCUCGGAGGAUCAGAAGGCCCUCUUGAAGGAGAUAUAUCUCACGAAACUCAAGGAAUUCGACGGCUCGCUGUCGAAGUACUCCGAGAUGGUGCAGCAGACGCUCGACCUUGACGAGCUCGAGAACCACAACUUCGUCAUCAAGCCGGACUACGACGCGCGCCUGCAGUCUCUCGCAGACAAGCUAGCUGAAGUGCGCGAUGGGCUCGAUGCGGAGCACCGUAAGGUCGGGAAGGCGCUCGGGCUUGAGCUCGACAAGAAGCUCCACCUCGAGAACUCGCCUACGUAUGGAUACUGCUUCCGGAUCUCCAAAAAUGAUGUGAAGUUGCUGCACGACGAUAAGAAGAGGUACAUCGAGUUGGGCGCUUUGAAGAGCGGGGUGUUCUUCACUACCCCGACCCUCAAGGGCCUUUCGACGGAGCAUACCGAAAUUACCGAGCAGUAUUCGCGCACGCAAAGUGGGCUCGUCAAGGAGGUCGUGAAUAUCGCUUCAACGUACACGCCCGUACUCGAGGCGCUGAACAACGUCAUUGCACACUUGGACGUAACUGUCAGUCUCGCCCAUGUUGCCGUCAACGCUCCGGAGACGUACGUCAAGCCCGAGAUCCUUGCGCGUGGCUCUGGCAGUCUGGUCUUGAAGGAGGCUCGACACCCAUGCCUCGAGGUGCAAGACGACCUCAGCUUCAUUCCGAAUGAUGUCGAGAUGAUCAAAGACGAGAGCGAGUUCCAAAUCAUCACUGGACCAAACAUGGGCGGAAAGAGCACAUAUAUCCGCCAGGUCGGUGUAAUUGCUCUGAUGGCACAGACCGGGAGCUUUGUGCCCUGUGCGUCAGCGCGUAUCCCGAUUUUCGACUCCAUUCUCUGCCGCGUCGGUGCUGGUGACAGCCAGUUGAAGGGCAUUUCGACUUUCAUGGCCGAGAUGCUCGAAACGGCAACCAUUCUCCGGUCUGCGACGAAGGACUCGUUGAUUAUCAUUGAUGAGUUAGGACGAGGUACUUCGACCUACGACGGCUUUGGAUUGGCAUGGGCCAUUUCCGAGCACAUCGCGUCUCAGAUCCAUGCUUUCUGCAUGUUCGCGACCCACUUCCACGAGCUGACCGCCCUGGAUCAGGAGAUUAGUCAUGUCAAGAACCUCCAUGUCGUCGCCCAUGUCUCGGACUCCGAGGAAGGCGGCGGGGAUCGCGACAUUACUUUGCUCUACAAGGUCGAGCCAGGCGUUUGCGAUCAGAGUUUUGGUAUUCACGUCGCUGAAUUGGCGAACUUCCCCGAAAGCGUGGUCAAGCUAGCGAGGAAGAAAGCCGAGGAGCUCGAGGACUUCAACCACGAGAAGGCAGAGCCCGAACUGCCCGCAGAUGUGGUUGAAGAAGGUACGAAGAUUGUCGAAGAGAUGCUGCGCGCAUGGACGUCCACCGGCCACGACGGCGAGGACGUCGUCAUGGCUGAUGACGAUGCUUCUCCCGAAGAGCAGCUUGAAGAGCUCAAGAGGUGUGUAGAGAGAUUCCGCCCGAAGAUUGAGAGCAAUCCAUGGGCGCAGAGCCUGCUCGCGUCGCUAUGA